AUGGAGAGCCAUCUAGGCUUCUACAUAAAAAAUGGUGCUUUAUGAUAGUUUUGCCUCUGCCAGAUCCCUGGGAACUGCUGAUUCUUUCCCAAGAGAUAAUGGCAUACCGGUAUAUAACAUCAUGUACAGGGCAGGGCCUCCAUACAGAUGUGUCACUCCAAAAUUGAUCAAGAGGAAUUGGCCCAUAAGAUUGCUGAAUGGCUACAAGAAUCCCCCCAAGACAUAUUCUUUUUGCGACCAAGUACAAAGUCUGCAUCAGACAUUUUUGAGUCAGCACAAGAAGGAGGGGGGGGGGGUAUAAGCGGGGUAGGAAUACCGCAAAACCACACAGAAAUACGUAAAAACACUGCACAGAACUAUGUAAGAAAACUACAAACCGCAAUACUGCAACUUAAUUAAAAUAAAAAUUCCAACAAAACCGCACCAAAAAUCGAGCAAAACUACAUCACCGCAAACCCUUACACCCCACUCAAAAUGUGUUACAGGAGGAUGAGAUCAUGGCAGCUGAAUGAUGGAGACUUAUAUGCUGACAAACAGUCAACUGAUCUGCUGUGUGUUCACCAAACCCACUGGUAGAGAACACUACGUGAAAAAAUAUGGCAAUGAAAUUUGCCUCUUUGAUGCCAUCUACAAAACUUCCUGAUAUGCACUUCCUCUAUUCUUUUGUGUGUCAAAACUAAUGUCAAUUACUGUGUUGCUGGGUCAUUUGUCAUACAGCGAGAGACCAGGCAGGCAAUUGCUGAAGCACUUGAUGUGUUACGUGAGUGGAACCCACAAUGGUCGCCAAGAUUUUUCAUGACUGACUUCAGUGAUCCUGAAAUAAAAGCAAUCAAAGAAGUUUUUAAGCUUGAGUUUUAAAAGUGCUGGAAAAAAUUAAUUUGUUAGGGGGUGUUUACAUGAGAAAACUUGCACCGGCGUGAGUUUCACACUGGGAUGACUUUUUUAUUUUGUAUCGCGUUUACAUGAUGACUGGGUCAUUUCAUAUCUUGUUAUUUAAAGGUACAUUUCAUGUUGAUAAAAUACACGUGUGGUUCAAAAUCGCAAACAUUAUGCAUGCUCUACCCGUUCCAGUCUAUCGGCAGACCGAUUUCACACUGAAACGGGUGGUCGUUUCGUGUUUACAUAAUACUGUUGCGAGAUUUCAUACUGGAGUGAAAUUCUCGCCCCUGUACGAGAACCAGGGUGAACUCACGCUGGGGUGACUCACAUCGGCAUAACAUUUUGUGGUGGUAUCAUGCAAACAAUCCAGGGCAAAAGUCACCCCGGUGUCAUGUAAACACCCCCUAACAUAACAAACUUGAGAUGUUCAUUCAGAAUAGUUUAUUUAGGAAGAGAAAAGUUCCACAAUAAUCUCUGAAAUCCUGAAAAACUAACCCCCUACCCUAUCCAUCAGGCAUUUUUUCCCUAAGAGAGUAAGUUAAUGCCAAUGUUGGGUUAAGGGUGAGUGAGUAGUUACCCAGCUGCCGGCAGUCCUGUCUUCUCUGUAAAUUUCACAAAAACCCAGCUGAUCCAAACUAUCAUAUGUCGACUAAGAAAAGUGAAGCGAUUCUGAAACACUUUAUAGAUCUCAAAUUCAGCGCUAAUGGUUUACGCUGGGCUCAGAAAAAAAAAGUUUUAAGACACUUAGAACUUUUUGUAGGUCAACUGCCGGUCAAGGUUUUCAAGAUUCGCUGGAUUUUUUCGAUUUGUCAAAUUUACUGAGAAUAUAGCACUGCCGGGUCAUUUAGUGUUUUGAAAAUCUUGAACAUAGGAAAAGAGACUUACAAAACACAAGUGCUACCUACUUGUUUAGUCGAGUUUCCUUCUUCAAAAGGAAAAUAAAUAAUUAUUAACAUAAAAUUGUUUCACUCCUUCCUUCUACUUACACUUAAUUAAGUAAGCUUGUGGUUAUUGGAUGAGGUUGUUGCAAGGUUAGGUAUAGUCAAGGUCGAUGUUGCCACAGAUUAGUCAGUUAUCGGCCAGCAAAACUAACUAAUCUGUCAGAAGGUUGCAUUGAUUUCCAAAAUUAACUGUGGGCUCAGCCAAUGAUAAGACAGAUAUUAAAUACGAUGUACAAAACAGAGAAUUUCAUAUCUUUAUACAUUCAGAUUGUAUGUUUAUAUCUUGACCAAGAGACUUCAAGUUAAUAAAAACAUAUGGUGAGUUUCUCAGAUAUUUUCAUGUGAUAUUAAAGCCCUUGAUUCUCAAACCUGGUUCAGGUCGUUGUGGUUAGUAUAACAACGACCUGAACCAGGUUCACUCUCAAUUUGUCAAAUACAUAGACUUUGAAGCAAAUAUAAAUUACAGAAUCAUAACAGCAAAGUCAUGGAUGGAUUAGGAGAAACAUUCCUUUUUUUUUCGUUCAAUCUCACCUUUUUGAAACCUGUGAAACUUCACAGCUCUUUAACACUACGUAGGUGUUUAUAGUGUAAUAAUAAUAAUAUAUAGUAAGAUAUAAUAACUAUGUUUAGGUACAUAAUAAUAAUCAUAUAUGAAGUACCUACCUCGCGCAUGGGCAAGACCGCAUGACUUUUUCGUAUCGCAGGCUCAACCUGGUCUCGGUCGUUAAUGUCGUUUAAUAAUGUCGGUUCGUGGGCUUUAGUUAUGCUUUUAGUUUUGCCUGCUCUUAAUCAUCUUAAACCGUGCGAGCGAGAUAUGUAUUGAGCAAUACUUUCUUAAUGUGGUGCUUGUCAUUCGAAAUUUUAGCCAAAAUGAACCUUAUUAGCAGCUUUUAGAGGUAGAUUUGACCUCCAUUCCGUGCUGUUUACCCUGCUAGCAGAGUCGCUUCGAUCUUUCCUAGAUGAGUCGGGAAAGAGGAAGCGACUCUUCUCGACUUCCUCUUCCCAACUUAUCUAGGAAGAUCGAAGGAGAUUCUGUUCGCAGGGUAGUGCUGUUUAGCUUUUAUGUAAAAUUCGUAAGGUCAUAAACAAAUGUUGGCCCAAGUCUUCAAGUCUUCAAGGCAGUACUGGUAAGUUUUCAUCAGCUUGUAUCGAUUUCUGGAUUCAGUUAAUUACUCACUUAUAGCUAUAAGUUAUUAAAUUUAGUUUGUUUAUUGUAUUUUGAUUUGCAAUGCUGUGCGUACAAUAUUUUCGAGGUAGAUUUAAAGCGUUUCAAUUCCUUUUUGCAUUGUCAACGUCUAAUGGCUUAAUUAAAAUAAUGCCGGUCCUCUAGUAUGUAAUAGUUGCAUACACUUAAUUCAAGUUCGAUUCGCUUUGAUUUGAAUAUAACAAAUACGUCACUAUUUUUUUAAAAAGGCAUUGGGACCUUUCAAUAUCAGUGUCGUACAUCAUUGCACACACAUGUAUCUUCUGAAGAGCUUUUAGCUUUAAGUUAAAACUUUGAAACUCCCACUAAUUUAUUGCAUUUGCAAUGUAUUUCGAGAAAACACGGAAAAUAAAGGCAGACAUCUCUUUCUGCUAGACCAACACAUGUCAAUCAUCUGACCUUGUGUUGAGUAAAUUUAAAGUCAAAGAACUUUGUUAGUACUUGGGGUCAACUAACUUUAUUGUUUCUGUGAGCCGAUGUUUUCAUCAUGAAAAUUGCAUAGAUUCGCUCAGUCAUGUCAUGUAGAUUUUGAGUUAAACUUAAAUAUUCUUAAAACAUUUUACUAUAGCCAAAAAGAUGCUAUUUCCUGAGGUCAUAAAUAAUCUCUGUUAAGUUUGUUUUAAGCUGUAUUUUGUUUUUCAAAGAACUUCGGAAAGUUUUGAAAACUUUUAGAACUAAUGCUUUUGUGUUAUUAUUUUCUCGAAUUGUUAUUACUGUUUGUGUUGAGCUACAGGUUAUACUUGGAACUGAAUAUAUCUAACAAUUUAUUACCCCUAUCACUGUUCAACAGCUCAAUCUUAUUAUAUGUUUAAAAGACAUAUUGAACCAUCCUUUUUUUUGUAUGUGCAAUAUUAAUAUAACAGUGCUUUUUUAAUAUUCACUUUUUGUUAGUCUGGUCACCAAUAUCAAUUUUGUUUGCCUUAGUCAUGCAAUGUUGUGUAUGAGUUAAACUAUGAAAUUGUGCUGCCAAAUGAUUUUUGUUGCUAUGUAAUGAUUAAAACGUACCCAUUUUUGAUCAUUAUAAUUUCCUUCUCUCUUAUAUGCUUUGGGCAAUUCAGAGAACUGUUUUUCAACUUCCUUUAAUCUGCAUAAUAAUUGAAUGCAAUGCAAUAAUGAAUACCUUUGCACUACUGGAUUGAUUGUUCACUAACUUUUACUAGCAAGUUAUAAUUUUCACCAAUCUUUUGAACAACUGUAAAGAUAGGGAUAUACAUGUCAAAAUUAAUCUGCAAAUUGAAAUAAGAUGGAAUUUCUCUCCAACAUAGGAAUACUUCAUUGUUUUUAUUCCAUUGAAUUUCCUUUUGUCGGUGCUUUUGUUUUCUCAGUUUGCUUUAAAAUUACUGUUCUUUGGAAAUUACUAAAUUUUCUACUAGCUACAACCUCAGACAAAACUGGUCGAGGCAGAUUGGAAAAAUCACCUCCUUUUCCUUGUCAUCCUGACCAAAAUAAUAAAAAAAGUAAUCAUUGCUGGAUGAAUUGACAUUCCAUCUCUUGCAGUGGAAAAUAGGGUUUUGAAAUAAUGGUAACCUUGUUCAGCUAGUUUUCAUCCUAGUAUUACAUACAAUUGAAAUAUAGAUGGAACUGUCUCAUGAAUUUUGUCUAAGGUGUAAUAUUCCUCCCAAUUAUGUGAAUUAUAACUGGACUUAGGUUUGUUGUAUCCAUUAUUUCUUAAGUGAAAGGAAGAAAUAUCCUUUAGCUACCGUCAAAAUGUCUAUAAAUUAUGCAAAGAUUGUACAGGGUCCAUUAAUUUUUAUAGUUAAUGUCCAACUGUUGCUUUUUUAUAAUUAGUGUCUGAGCCACGAGAUGUCUCAAGUGAUAGGUUCAUCUUGUCAAAGGUAAGCAUUUUACUUCACUGACAAAGCUGUCACUUAGCUGCACAAACAUGACUUUUCCAGAGGUUAUCUUGACCUGCAUUUCAUCCUCUUUUCUUUUGCUCGGCAUGAUAACAGAUAGCGAAAAAAUUCUUCAUAAAUGUUGUAACUACAGUUGACUCACAAUAUCUUGAACCUUCAAGGGAAAUUGAAAAAAGUUUGAUUUAGCGGGAGUUCAAGUUAUCGGGAGAGUGAAGCAAAUACUGUAACCAUAAAGGAGGAAAUGAGUUGGGGAACGAAUACAAGUAACAUGCACACUUCAAAAUGUCUUGAUAAAUUCACAGACUGCUGGACACCGUAUUUAAACUGGACUGACAAAAAUGUAAGACAACGAAUACAUGGUUGUUAAAAUAAUUUCAAUGUUUCCGACUGUAGUACACUUUUUUCCACUUGUCACUUGGCGUUGUAAUCUGCCAAACGAAAUGAAAUUAUAAUACUUGUUUACCUGUGUAUAUGUUGUGGUUCAAUUUUAUCCUUGGUUCAAAUUUUUUUCCUUUGUUUCAAACUCAUUAUCACAUAAAUAUUACCAUAGCCAAAAACAAAGGAGAAUAAAAUUUAAACCAAGGACAAAAUUGAACCACAACAUAUACAUUCAUUUUCGUAUUCCUUUUUCAUUUCAUUCCAUGUUUUAGGGUCAUGCUGCCCCCAUCCUGUAUGCGGCAUGGGCAGAGGCUGGUCAUGAAAAAUUUCCUGUCUCAGAACUUGGGAAACUGCGGACAUUUGGCUCUGAUCUGGAAGGCCACCCCACCCCUGUGAGUAACCUGUUUAGUUUUGCUCAUGUUAUGUGGUCAAAUAGCCUGCGAACGGCAGACGUUUCUCCUCUCUCAUCGUGGCUGAGAGACGUUUCGCGAGGAGGAAAGUCUGCGACUCAGCGACAGAAAUUCCAUACUGAUGACGCAAAAUCCGUCCGGAAUCCGGUCAGAAGCGCUAAUUGGUCGACGGAGUAGUUUCAUUGUUUUAGCUAUUGUUUGUGAAUGACAGACAAAAGACAAAAGGCCGUAAAGGUCAAAUGUAAACACGAUGAACCUCUUACAAAACAGUCAAUAUUUGUGGAAUAUAGUCUUCUCCAGCAGAAGCAUUUGAGUUUUUCUGGAGCUCAUUCGCAGAUGAACACAACACUUUACCAAAAUCGACCAGGAGAAACGGAAAAUUGAACAAAUUUGCGUUUGGAACCCCAUGACUACCGGAUUUGUUAUGUAAACAUUGAUUUAUGUCUUCGGUAUGGAAUUUCUGUCGCUGAGUUGCAGACAUUCCUCCUCGCGAAACGUCCCUCAGCGGCGAUGAACGAGUAGAAACGUGUGCCAUUCGCAGGCUAGUGGUCAAAAGUCUCAGGCGUCUCUUCUGUGGAGAAAGGACUUUUGUCUCAUGAGGCAAGAUUCUCAUCUAGAGAAGAGAGUUUUGUCUUGAGAGAAGGGGGCAACGAGGCUUGUGCCUCGGGAGGGGGUGGUAACUUACUUUUAAGCGUUACUGUACUUUGACUUGCACAAGGAUUAAAAAUAUAUGGAAUUCUUAUGAAGAGAUUUUUCUGAAUAUAAUUGAUGAUAGAUGUGUUGGAUAAAUAAGAUUAUUUCUGAUGAACGAUUAUAAGUUUAGUUGAUUCCCUACACUACUCGUCGCAUUGGCCACGUUGGAGGUUGAGGAAAAUGACUGCAUUUGGGUGGUGGUCGCACGUGGCUGCUUUAGUGGUUAAAACAUGGAUCAAUAUAAAUAUAACCACAGGACAAACAUAUGUUUGUUUGUUGGUUUUUUUUUGUGGAGUCAUCAGGCCACUUUUAUGUAGAGAGUUGACCAUUAUAGUAAAGGUUCAACUUUAAACACAGUAUGAGUAUAAAAUUUUUUCCCCUAAAGGAAAUUUUGAAGACCCAGGUUUCCAUAAGCUCCUAUUAUAGAUUGGUGUAAUAGCUGUUAAAAACUGAGAGUUCCAGAGAAGUCUAUUAAAUUUUAUUUAGAGGAACUUGUUUGUCAGAGCAAAAUGACUGCCUUUGCCUUUCAUCUUUGUAUAUACGCCUAUUUCAAUAUUAAGGUUACUUCAGAGAAGAAUGAUGCAUGAUGCAUGGUCCAUGUUUCAUAGCCCGCAGUGCAUUAUUGUAGCAAGGCUAGGGCCCGCAACGAGCCUAGAAACCUAGAAAGCAAAUGCUGCUGACGCUUGUAUGCUAUGUCAGCAGAACGUUAAGACAAUGGAUUUCAAAGGAAUGAAUCCUAGGCUUUUAAUUUAAGACAGUGAUCUGACGUUAGGUCUUUCUCUCUGGUAAUAUGCAAAUGCUGCAAAUUUUCAAUGAGUUUGCUUGGCUCGUGCACAUGGAAAUUUUGGAUGGAGUUAAAAAAUAAAAUCUAGGCAUUUGUUGAACUACAAUGGAUAAAACUUAACAUUACGUGUUUAUAUCUUUUUUUGAGGCAAUUUUUUAAAAACUGAAUUUAAAAAAAAGCGUUUUUAGUUUGCUUUACUGAAAUAACCAGCAUUCUGGCCCAUGCAAAAAUGCAGCUUAAUCAGGCGGUAAAACCCUAUUCAUUUGAUGUUGUUAAAAGAAGAGGCUUCUAAUUUUUUACUCUGAGAUUUUAAAAAUGAAAUUGUUCAGCUCACUCAUGCUUAAGAAUAAUAUUUUAGCAGCCAUUUGACUUGAAAGCUUUCUAGAACGCCUUCUCACCAAUGGUCUUCAUUAUUUCAAUAAACAUGAACAAGACUAAACUUCCCCUUACAAAAGGGUUUACCCAUAGUGCACUGCAGGCUAUGAAACAUGGUUCAUGGGAGCAAUGUUAGUGCUGUGCACAUCAGUGCUGUUGCAAAGUACCAUAGCCUUUGAGAAAUGUAAGGACAUUAGUUUGACAUAUAUGGUUUGAUCCAAACCUAUACUUGCUUUCUGUAUGAAAAUUAUUCUGAAAUAAUUCUACAUGUAGUUAAUUGUUUAUAAUUAUUAGAACUUAGAACAAGAAUUCACAAAGAAAGCAGGAAGGGCUGUACACGUAUGUCAAAAUAAGGUCUAUCCAGCCUCGCUUCAAUCAACUAACUUGUAAAUUGGGUCAAUUAAAUAUGAUGUUUAUGUUUUCUUUCCCAGCGAUUAGACUUUGUUGACUUUGCCACGGGCUCACUGGGCCAAGGCCUUAGCUGUGCAUGUGGUAUGGCGUACACUGAGAAAUACUUUGACAAAGCAAGGUGAAAUUUUAUAUUAUUUGAUAUGAUUUGACAUUUAUUUUUUUGAUAUAUGAAUUAUUCAUUUGGGAUCUUUUGGAGCAAAUUAAAGGGUCUAUUAUGGGUUACUGGCCAAGUGCCAAGUUUUCUGUAUAUCUGUUGAGUUAAGGUCUUUAUAAUUUAUCUAUUUAUUUUUUAUUUAUUUGGCAGAAAAAAACAUAUUUACAUACAGACAUCAGUGUAUUACAAAAAUGUUAGGUUAAAAGAUUAAAGAGAUGUAAAUUGUAAGUAAAAGAAUUAAAAUAAUUUUUCUAGCAAGGAAGAUCAAAAUGAAACCUUGAGAUGCAAAAACAGUACGAGGUCAAUGUUCAACCAUCUUGACCAAACAGUUUUCAAUGAUGAUGAUGAUGAUGAUGAUGAUUGUAACUAAUUGCUUAAGCUGAGAGCAUUGUUAAUAAGUACAGCUGUAGUUGCCUUGAUGACGUAAUAGUAUUGUUUCAGAAACAUGCCACCCUGAUUCUGUAUGCUGCAUCAUCAUCAUCAUCAUCAAAUUUAAAUCAGGUCAUUCAAUAAAGUUGGAAUUAGUGUCAGGAUUUCAGUGUUUUCCUUAUCAGGCGGUAACCGGUAAAAUUUACUGUCUGAAGUAACACCUCUUACUGCCUGCAAUCGCUUGAAGGUUUGCUAAAAUUAAGUAAGUUGUUUUAAAGAAUACCCAAGUUGUGAUCCGAUCCGAUCAAGGUAAUGAAUGAACACAUGGAAGUGUACUAAAGUAUGCACAGGUUUUCUUUUUAUGGGCCACGCAUUUUGGAAAGAGCAUUUGAAGGCAGAGUACAAUAAUAUUAUUAGAAUCAAAUGUUUUGAAUUGAGAUAACAACAGCUGAUUUGGGUAAAAUAGGACUUCAACUGAGGGGGAAUGACGUUUCGGAGAACUUAGCAGUGUAUACAGCGAGGUCGAAGCCAUGUCCUUCACUCUACUACCCCCUCCUCAGGAAAGUGCACACAUAUUUUUUGCCUUACCGGCAAUGAAUGGUCCCUUACCUGCUGAGCUAAAAUUUAGGGAGAUUGCUGGGAGUUACGUACAUGUAUCAUUAGAAGCAGCUUGAUCAUUUACUCUUCUGCUCAGAUGUGACGACCUUAUUUUUAUUUUCUCAGCUACCGUGUAUUUUGUGUUAUUGGUGAUGCUGAAGCUGCAGAGGGCUCAGUCUGGGAAGCUAUGAAUUUUGCAAGUCAUUAUAAGCUUGAUAACUUGUGUGCUAUCUUUGAUGUCAAUCGUCUUGGACAAAGUGACCCCACAAUGCUGGAGCAUGACUUUGAUACUUACAAGAAAAGAACUGAGGCUUUUGGGUGAGUUCAGUGAAUAAAAUAUCAAUGCAAUUAGAAACUUAAAGUGUAGUCACGUGCAAAAAUGUAAUUUUGGUUUUUGUUUAACCCAUUCGCCCCUGAACCGCCCGUAACCGCCCGUGCGGAUCCAGGUCCUUUCUACCCUUUGUGACGUCAUCAGUUUUAACGGUCAAGGACAACUUUCUUCGCACACGUGUGCAGAGUGAAGAGAUCUUUCAAACCAUACCAGAAUGAGCACAAUUCAGUCAAGGACACCGGAGAAAGAAGCAAAAAACCACGUGACAAGGACCUGAAAAUCUCCAUGAAAAUCUUGUACCAUUACCCACCUACCUUUCCUUUCACCUAAUCCUAAGAUCCUAAAAGCUUUCCUAAAAACUCUUCCCACCAAAAUGAAGCCUACUAAAUGCCCAGCAAGAGAAAAAAAAAAUGAGGCAAGAAAAGCAAAAAAAGAAGGGAGGAGAGAAAGCGAAAUGCGCAUGCCCGAACUUCGCAAGCUGAUAUUUUGCAUCUGGAUCAGAAGGCUGCCAAGUGUACAACCUGUAAACCGGUUUGUGGUAAGUUGUAGCUCUUUAUAGCACGACAGUGACCAGAAAACCACUCGACUAGCUUCAAAACGCGUUUUUGGGCAAAAUCUCCAGGAGCGAAUGGGUUAAUUGCAAAAUAAUCCUUAUAAUAUCAUAGGUGACGAAUUACUUCUUAAUUUUGGCGCGAAAUUUCAGCGUUAAUUUGUAAUUUCACAUGUGAAAUUACAAAAUUGCCAUGGCAACCCUCCGUACAUCUCAGUGUCAAGAUGGCGACGAAGUUUUAAAAUGCCGUGAAUGGAGAUGUCAGGGCUCAAAAAGACGCUUUAGAAAACCUGAACACACAAGAGAACAUCAAGAAGGAUUCUAACAGGAAUUUUGCCGAAAUAGUUUGAAAAAUUCUGAGCUUUAUAAGCCAAAUUUAAGGUCUAAACAUUUGACAAAGUGGAGUUCUCAAUCGAUAAGAUCCAGGAUAAACAUGUCAAAAAUCCAAGAUUGCUAACGUAAUUCGUCACCCAUGAUAUUAAUAGGUAAUCAAAUGGUAUACUCGUGAAAUUAUUCUCUAAUUUCACUCGUCAGCAUUUGAUUACACAUACCAAUUUAAUAUUGAGUAUUCAGGCCUUCUGAAUUUCAAAAACUUAAUCAAUUUGUGUGCUUAGGAGGAAGCCAUGUCCCUGUUGUCAUUUUACUUCCUUAUUAUAGUAGGGGUGUAACGAUUCAUAUUCCUUGCGAUUUGAUUCUAUUUUGGUGAUUGCUUUUUGAUUUCGAUUAUUUCUUAAUUCUUAUAACAUAAUGCGUUAACAAUGUAAACAGCAUGCAACUUUUAAUGCGUAAUUUGAGAAUAGUAACAGGGACAGGAGUAUUCACUGUCGCUUGCUCGUUUGUUGCCAGGUUUGAGAACCUGACAAAGAGUGUGUCACGCACAUGGCUUGCCUUAUUUUAGCCUGCAUAGGAAGCGUUUCCAAUCGCGAAAGUUAGAGCGGGAGCAAAAAAAAAGGUGGAAGGGGGACAGAGGGAGGGGAGAAGAGGAAACGCUUGCCCGCAAACCCCACAACUCGGGAAAACACCCCUUGAUAUUUCACGGUUCGGUUCAUUUGUAAAUUGACAGCUUAUCAAAAUAGAAGUACCGGUAUAAUGAGAAGAUUACCCCUGGAUUACCAGUUUUGUAAAAUUACUUUGUUCUUUAAUAAAAUACGUUCCAGGCAAUUGCAAAUACUGUAAUAAAAAAGGUUUACGAUAAAAGAAGGUUGUAACUCUGAGCGACUGCUGUGGAAUUUCUUGUUUUUUUGUUGUGUGGCUUUAUCUCGUCUGAAACCUUGUUGAAACAUCAAAAAUGAUUUGUCGGGCACAAUUCACUCCGCCAGUCAUAAGUUUUGCAGAGCGGCUGCUCUUCAGCCCUUGUCAAAAAGUUCUCUACAGUACAUGCCGCUAAAUUUCCAGUAAACAAAAGAAUCUUUUCAUUUCAAAAAGCUGACAAAUCGCUUGUCCACGGCUUUAGCUAGUGUUGAGUACCGAUGUUCUAAUUUACGUUGAUGUUAUGUCCAAUAAACAGUCCAUUUUUUCCAGUCUGAUCCGCACUCCGUCAUUCCCAAUACUGAAAUUGGCCUUCCCUAGUUUUCACUGCUCGAUCUCCAAUAAUACCUUGAAUAUUCUGAUCUCAGAAACUUUCGCACAAACACGAUUCAAACAAAUAUCAGUCCAAAGCAUUUUGUAAUCUGCGACCACAAUUUUGAUGAGACCAAAUCUGUGACGCACGUAAACAAAGCAUACCUGGUUUGAUUGUUGUUUCGAUUGCUAAGUAAUCAACACUACCAGCACCACACCAAUCAGAAGCUGCAUUUCUGGGUGAAUGAGUUUUUCAAAAUCGUGGGGUUUGCGGGCAAGCGUGUCCUUCUUUCCCCUCCCCCUCCUCCUCCCCCGUCAUUCCUUUUUUUUGCUCUCGUCUCGAUGUUCUCGACGAACUCGCACGGAAACGCUUGCUAUGCACUCUAGCCUUAUUUGGAAAUUUUAAAGGCAUUUUUACCCGGCAACCCAAAAUGGCGCAUGAACUGCUGUCAUCUUAAAAAAAGGCACAUUUUAAAGAGUUCUGGAUUUUGAUUUAACAAUAUAAUAACAGACUGAGAGCACCCUUUAAAGGGUAUGCAAAAAUCGAACCAAAAUCAAAACGUAGAAACAAAGAAUCGUAAAUCAAACCAAACGGUCAUAAUCAUGAUUAAUCUAGAAUUCGAAUUCGAUCAUUACACCAAUAUUUUAUAGGCUCUGUGAAAUGAAGGUAUUGGAAUUUAAUGUGACUUAAUUAUUAAUGCAAAACUAAUUGGGAAACAACUUUAGAAUAAAGGAAAUUAUGAUACCAUUUCAAAAUGGAGGACAUUCGUCAAGAAAUAAAACUAAUUGUUGGCUCAUGGGCACAACAGGAAUGAAGUACAGUUUAGCAUAUAAUUCGAAUUGGAAACUUUUUUUCUGCUACUUUCCGCAAAUGUAUGAAGGGAAUCAAGCAAAGAAAUCUAGCUACUUUGAGGGUUCUUCCAAAUUAUUUCACUGAUACCUCUUUCUUAGGUAUCAAGAAUAUCUGCAGUGUAUCGAGACCUUGGGACCAAAAUACUUGUAAUUAAGGUCGCAGAAAUUAACGCUGUACUUAACUAAUAUAUGGCACAAAAAUUAAUGUGUAUAAAAAUUAAUGCAAAUUUUUGAAAUUCACAUUUAUUUCAAUCGUUGCUGUCACAGUUCAACCCAUCUUUGUGCCAUUUGUCACCAUAUUUCAGCUGUCUUAUGUUGCUGUUUCAAGGCCAUGUGCUUUUUGGAGUUUUACCCUAACAUGGCCUCUAUACUGGUUUUAAUUUUUCUAGCUGGAACACCCUUGUAAUAGAUGGUCAUGAUGUUGAAGCAGUCUGCAAAGCAUUUUAUGAAGCCAAAACAACAAAAGGUCGUCCAACAGCUAUUCUGGCGAAGACGUACAAAGGAAAAGGUGUUGAAGGUAUGGUAAUAGGCCAUAUAUAUGCUCUAAGAGGUCAUGUGACAUCACUUUUAUGAGAAUGAAAGUUAUAUGAUUUUGCCUUGGAAAAACGAUUAGUUGAUCAUGUCUUAAACAAAAUAAGAGUGAUUUGGUGUUUCAAACCUGUACCAUUUUCUUAAAAUGAGUAAUUUCCUUCGUAGCUGGUCACGUGACCAAAUGUCAUUUUUAAAACCAUGAAUUACCUCUUUCUGAACAAUGUUGCACGUCAAGGAAAAUAAUUUUGAAACGAUGAUGUGGUAACAUUUAGAGCACAUCUGUGCGUAACUAUCAAACAUCUAACAAGAUAUAAGCAAAAAGUAUUUUUUGCCACCAUGUUGGAGGGCAAGAGCAUGCCUCCAACAUGGUGGCCAAUCAUACUACUUUAAUUUGUUGAAAAAUGAAAGUGCCAUAAAAUAUCUCCCUUACAUGUGUUUCCUCUCAAAUGUCGGUUGUAAGAUAAUUUUUAUGUGCUCUGUCAAUUUUUGGCAUCAGCAAGAUUCCAACUCAUUGUUUAAAGGAAGCAUUAGUCUUUUGACCUCUUAGUGCAAGUGUCCUAUUGAAAUUCUCUCCCCUUAACACUUGCUGUUGGCCUAUUGUAGUUGCAAAACAGGGUAAAGUUAUCUGGCUCAGGUUACCCAUUCCAAACUUUUGCCCCCACCUUCCCCUUAAGUCAAAGUUAAGCAGUCUGUUAAAGUGACAAUGACUGUUUCAUGAAGAGUUCAUGCUUUAAUCAGGUUCCUCCAGGACAUUCUGUCCUUUGCUUGCUGCCUCCAAGUAUCUACUAAGACUUCAGGCCAGGGUUCUUUUCACGAUGUCCUUGAAUCUUUGCCUAGGCCAUCCUUGAGUUCUCUUUCUAUCUCUUCCCCUUUGGUGACCCACAAUCUUGUGUAGCUAGAAGCCUUUUAGGUUCUUUUCUUAGUGGGAAGUGAGGAUAAAAGUGCGGGGGAAGGUUAGGUCACAGUCUUCAAGUGGUUGUAAUUAAUCCAGUGAAGUGGGUCAAUAGAUUUUGCUUCAUAAUGAUUGUUUUUUUUUGUCAGAAAAUUUGAAAUAAUUAUAUUUUGUAUCUUUGUGCCAUUUUAUUGUUCAAAUGUUUCUCAAUAUAUAUUAUUAUGUCUAUAUUUGUAGAUUCCUAGCCAGCCAAAUUUAUCGCAGUGGUACGUGUAAAUACAUGUUUAGUCAUCAUUAGCAACAACAACAACAUAUUAUCCAUAUUUAACACGUCUAAAAAAAUUUGGGGGAACAAUCUUUGGGGCAAAAAGCCCAUUUGUUUAUUCCAGUAGACUGAAGACUCAUUUAUAGAGGGUCAGCCUUGACUUGGGUAAAUAUAUUCACAAAUUCCAGUGAGAAGAACACCUGUCUACAACUCUGUAUGUUGUGGAAACUCAAAUUUGUGCACCAUCUUACCGAUAUUUGUGAAUAUUUUACUUUAGCUUGGGGCUAUAAAUACCAUGUACUAACAAGUCUUCAGCACUAAUUUAUUUAGUGGCCACGAUAGAUUUGAAACUGGACUAUUUCCAAGUGUUUUGUUGACCUGUUUUGUAGGCGUUGAAGAUUUGGAAAAUUAUCAUGGCAAAGCUCUUGGGGACAAGGGCAAAGCAGCUGUAGAGAAGCUAAAGGAAGGACUCUCCAAUGACAAACAUAACCUGGGCCCGCAGCCAGUUGUUGAUGAUGCACCUGCUGUGGAUCUGUCACCUGGAACCAUUAAGCUGUCUGAACCACCAAGUUACAAAAUUGGAGAUAAGGUAAUUAAGCCGUUCAUUUCUAAAGCACCAAGUUGAAUCUUUGUCCUUUGAAGAGGAAACUGGCAAAAAUCCUCUCAGAAACAAGUUGUUUUAUACAGUGGUGCUUCUCCAGACUUUCUUAUUGAUCAUUGCAUUUGCCAAGUAUUUUUGUUUUGUUUUAUUCAUAUGCCACUAAAACGCAUUGCAUGCAGACAUGUACAUUUUUGGGCACGGACAUGCUAUUGAGUGGGGUUAAAUUAGUUAUUCUCUUGAUUCAAUGCAUGCAGAAUAAAAAUUUUAUCUAGUGGUUUGAACAGGGUUCUUAUUAAUUUUAAAGAAGACGGCAGAGGAUCUAAAAGUAGGUGGCUUGGCAAUAAUUGAUUGCUGAAGGCAAUGUCAGGCUUUCACUCAACUCUCAUGACCCAUUUUUCCUUUUUUUUCUGGUUCUCUAGUUUUGGUCCUUGUUGUUAGCACCAAAAAUACGUUUUUCCCGAGAAUGCCGAAACACUGAGAUUUUCGAGAAACAAAAUCAACUGUUUCUGUAGGGACCAGUCUUUAAGUGAUUUGUUAUAUAGCUGGAAAUUCAUGAAACGUUGCUUUAACUGCAGUGGUCAAUCAACAUUCACGGGUAACAGUGCACUGUUACCCUCUUACAUCAUAGAUUUUUGCAAUGUUGCCUGCUCAGGGGUUUUGGUGGGAGAAGUUUUAUUGUUAGAUAUCAUAUAACCUCGAAGUAACCAUUUGAGCGUGCGAUAUCGGGAAGAAAUUUCCAGCUAUAUAACAGUAUAACACUGUUAUAUAAUACUGUCAAACUUCCUGUAAGCAACCCGUAAGUGGUUGCUUUUGGGAGAUGGUUCCUUACAAGAAUCCAACUACUGGGGGUCGAUCUUCUGUAAAGGGGUGCAGACUCAUCUACUUUAAUAUGGAAGAUAACUUAUUGUAUGCAAUUUCCAUGUUACAAUAUGAUCAGCUCCAUGUUGUCAUUGAAAUUUCUUAGUAUACUGUGGCAGCAUAGUAAAUACAGUGAGUAUAGAUAUCAGGUAUAAAAAAACAAUAGAAAAUUCUAAAAACCUUUGCUACCAAAAGUGGUCAUUGACAAGAGUUUCCUGGGGGGGACUUUCAUAUAAAAGAAACGGGGAUGCUCAUCUUCUCGCUUUGGGGUGCAAAUUGCUGAUUUUUGUCUCACUUUUGAAAUGGAUGUUUCCAACAUUGUAAGCUGUGCUGCUAAAACUUUCAGCUGUGUGCCUAAAAUUUUGGCAGUGUGCCUAAAAAUUUACAUCUUGUAGCAGAAGUGCUUAAGUUGUAUCCAAUGUCUUUACAGUGCGACUACUCGUACCGAGGCCACCCAGACAAAAAUUUCAAAAUUAAUUCUUUACUGUUGGCUUUGAUUCUGGCAAACCCAGACAUUGUAAAUUAAAAACAGUUUCAGGUUGAUUUAGACAGACGUCACAAUUCCUUAUUUUUUAUAUCCUUUAGAAAAAUGGUUCACAAUGUAUAAGUUGAACUGUCUCUGAGUACAAAAUUAUGCGCAAUUUCAUUUUUUAGAUCUUGACUUGUGAUUGGCUAAUUUUAAAAUUUGUCUCAAAAUUUUGUCUGGGUGGCCUCGGUUUGUGUGGUCUCACUGUAAGAUUGUUUGAAUGAUUCCAGUGAUUCAGAAAGGUAGAAUCAGCUAGUACAACAAAUAACCCUUUAUCCGUGCACUUUUUCAACAUUCCAGGUUGCUGUGCGCAAGGCAUAUGCCAAUGGUCUUAUCAAACUGGGCAAGACUUGUGACCGGGUUAUUGCUCUGGAUGGAGACACCAAGAACUCCACAUACUCUUUGGAUUACAGAAAGGCCUUCCCUGGAAGACACAUUGAGUGUUUUGUAGCAGAGCAGAACAUGGUAGGAGUGGCCAUGGGUUGUGCUUCUCGGGGCCGUGCCAUCACCUUCACCAGCACAUUUGCAGCAUUCUUUACACGUACCUUUGAUCACUUAAGAAUGGCAGCGGUUUCGCAGACCUCAGCUAACUUCUGUGGAUCUCACUGUGGCGUUUCAAUUGGUAUGUUUCUUUAAAGUAAGAAAGAUUUUUUGAAAAAAAAAUUGUAAUGGGCUUUCUUUUCCCAUGGGUUUCUAGUGAAGUUUCUCAUGUUUGCUACUCUGUAUUCUUCACUAUAAGUGACUACAAUACUUGUAGCCUGUUCACAGGCCCUCUAUUUUUUCUUCAAAGUUCAUUGAGCGCACGUGAUAAAAAAUAAAAACCCUGGGGGAUUUAUUGACCACCAAAGCAAGGGGCUAGGGGUGGGGGAAGAAGAUAAUAGAUGGUCUUUGUUUUUCUUUCUCACACUCUGCGCUUGUUCUUGCACACUCGCCGAUGUUUUCAAAAAGAACGAAAAGAAAAAAAACACAAUGUCUGUGUACAGGCUACAAUACUUGUCACAUUUGUUGAAACACUUUCCACAUUAUGUCAUCUCCAAAAUUGGUUCAUGUAUUAUGGGUUUGCAAAUAAACAGGGCUCUCAACAUUGGGGUAGAAGAGAAAAAGUAUACACAGGGAAAAGUUAGAGGACAAGUCAGUUGAGAAGGCGUGACAUGAAAAAUCCUCAGUUUCAGUUGUUGUGUCCCUGUUCAAACUGAAAUAAUCUCAAAUAUAUGGGUGGGCAGCAACAUAAUGUAGGGGCCAGUAACAGGCCAGCUUCCUAUUCAGGUCACCAACAUUUUGGUUUAAAAAUAGGUACAGUGAGCUCUUGUUAUUGUCGACACCCUUGCGUUAGCAAGUUAGUGUCGGCAACAGCAAAAGUAAUGGUAGAAGUUCAUUUCAGACAAAAUCUGUGACCAAUUUUUGCCCAGAAUUUUGCCAAGUGCUGUCCAUAGUAUUGGGGCUCCUGUGCUAGCAAGGUUUGUGCAAUGCUAGAGUUGACUGUGUGGGCUGCCUGUGUGAACUGUUGUUGGCUCACAUUAAGCUCUACAAGAGCGUUUUGUACCUCUUGAAUUCCUGAGUGAGCUUAAAUGCAUGGGGAUUGAUUUCUGCAUUUGAUAAAUUAUUUAUCUUGGGUAGACCAUUGAAAUAAAUUGAGACACUAUGAAGCUGUGUACAUCGGGGCACAUUCUUGAGCUACAUUAGGUCCGGGGGAGGGGGGUACUCCCUUAUACAAGCCGUAUAGGUAUGUGCCGCCGGGUAUAGACUUUCCCCAUUUUGGUCUGGAACUGAGUAUAGUUUUCGAGGGAGCUACGGUGGUGUAUGAACAUAUUUGUCAAUGGUUCCAAAUGAAUAAGAGAUAAACCCAUAAUAUGCAAAUUCGAAAUGGAUUUUAAGAAAUCUUCUUGUUGGCGUUCGAAUCUCAGUGAACAUGAAUAUUGUAUUUUAUGACGUCCUCCAAGUCUGAAAAUGGGUUUGGAUUCUAGAGGCCAGGUCUGAAAACGUGUGUGGAAAAUGACAUUUUUUGGUCUAAAAUAGGGUCAGGAUUUGGAGAACUGGGCGGCACACCCCCAACUAGAAUUCCCAGGAGUUGCCCCCCCCCGGAUUAGGUCACUUCCUUGUAAACCUACAUUGUGGCAUACUAACUUGAACUACAGUAUUUUGGGUGACACUCUUGAUCUAAAUUAAGAAAAACCCUAAGACAACAUUAAUGUACACCCUUGAACUGUAUUGGGUUAUACCCUUAACCUGGGGUACUCCCUGGCAUUCCUAAAAUCAUUCGCCGUCAACCUAUGUAGAAUCUAAGAUAAUACCUGCUUUUCAGGUGUUAAUAAAAUUAUUGUAUUUUAGUAACCAUGUGGUGAAGAAACAUGCUUAUGUCUGUCUUAAUUGGUUCAUGAUCAGGUGUGGACGGGCCUUCCCAGAUGGCUUUAGAGGACAUUGGCAUGUUCCGUUCCAUUCCAAACUGUGUGGUGUUUUACCCAAGUGAUGCUGUCUCGUGUGAACGCGCUGUUGAGCUCGCAGCUAACUACAAGGAAAUGACCUUCAUCCGUGCUACUCGAGGAAAUACACCUGUUGUCUACAAGAAUGAUGAACAAUUUGAGAUUGGCAAAGCCAAGGUAAGAACGGAGAGAUCAUCUUUUGUUUUUGAGGUGGCAGUUGUGUUGAACAAUGCAUGGAGGACAGCCUUUGUAUGUGGUCUUUCAGUAGCAUUUUAAAAAACAAUAUUGAAGUUCAAGCAAGGCCUUGCACUACUGUCAAAAAUUAAAAACUUAAAAUAGUAGCUUUUUCCCAUCAAUGACAUUAUCAGGGAAAGGAGAACAAGGGGUCAGUCCAGUUCAAUUCAGGAUCUGCUAUGUCUGAAGGAGAUGAACGCCAUGAAUGCCAUUUUCUCAGCGCUUGACCCGUUCAGCAAUAAUUUCAAUGCACUGGAUUGUACAAGUAACGAAGUUUUGUGUUGCAGCUAUAGACCUUAAUGACGUUUUUGGUGUAGGUAAUAGCAUGAUUUGAAGUGAUAUAUUUUGGCAUAAAUAUGAUGAGCGAUAUUUCGAAAUUGUUGUACGUAAUUUCACGAGCCGUUAGGCAAGUGAAAUUUGAGACAAUUUUGAAAUAUCACAAGUGGUAUUUAUGCCAAGUAUUACAUAGAAUUCAUGCUAUUAUUUGAUUAUACUACAACCUGCAAAGGUUUUGUAAUUUUCGCCUGGACGUAUUUCAAAUUAAGCUGUAAUACCACUGCUCUAAGUCAAUCAAAUUGCAGAAAUUUCUCAUGUAGUAGUGUAAUAGGCAUAACCAAGUGUUUGUCAUUUUAGAAAAUAAUAAAAUAUUGCACCUGCCAAAUUUUGUAAAUAUGAGAAUUUGAAAGAGAGCACUGCCAUCACGUAAUCAAAAUGCAGCAACAAAAGAACCAAGCGAUAAAAUUGUCUCAAAAAGUCAUGCACCUUACACUUCGCUGAUUUACAUUCUCCAAAGAAACAUAGAAUUAUUUAAACAAUACCCUCUAACUUUCAUAAGACAGCAUGGUUUUAUUUUACUUUUUGCUCAUGUUAUUGCUCUAAAACGAAGCAGAAACCAAUAAAAACAAUUAUGGAAAAGCCAGUCUGUCAAAAAUAAUAACUAAUAAAAUUAUUAAAUAACUAAUGAUAAUAAUAAUUCUGUCAUUAAUAACAAAGCUGACUUUAAAAUCCUAUUACAAUCAAUUUUGCUUUAAAAAACUACUCAGUCAAAGCACUUUUUACUAUUCCUUUUGAUUGAAUUAGUUUUGAUUUUAAAAAAAUUCAUUCAAUUAAAAAAGAAUUACUAGAAUUGACAAAAAGGAAAUUAAAUAUAAUAAUAAUAAUAACUAUUAUUAUUCAUUCAAAUUUUUCUCCAUUUCUGAUUGGGUAAAAUCCCAUGCAUAAUUCCAUCAUAACAAGCUAUUGUCAACCAAACAUGGAAGAAUUUUGCGAUAUGUAAAAAAUGAUGUGAAAAGUGUAGCAAAAUUGCCAGAUUAUUGAAAUGUUAACCGAGAAGACCCGGGGACAAGGCUGUGACUAGUACAUGGCAGAACAUUUCACUUGUUUCAAGAGUAAGAAAUGGGCGAACUAUUUGCUAAAAGCAUAGCAAAAACGGCAAAAGACAACUCGACAGACGACACCUGCUGUUCACCUGAACAACCCUUUAUUUCCUAAACUUGCCAAUAAACAUGCACUAUUGACGAUAAACUUAACAUCAAUGGAGGUAAGCAUGCUUUAGCUUGUUUUUAAACUAGGAAUUAUUUUGAAUGAAUAAUAAAACAAUUAUUGAAUUUGCCUUUCGUAUCAUCUGAAGAAUUAUGGAUAUCGAGGAGGGUGUUAUCUACUUCAGCCUACCUCCUCAGCAGAUAACACCCUCUUUGAUCUCCAUAAUUCUCCAGAUGAUACUCAGCCUCAUUCAAUAAUUUGUAAUGAAUCUUCUAUUAAGCUUCCCGGGGGGCUUAUUUCCUAAACCACGUUUGAAGGGGGGACUUAAUAGAGAGGGGGCUUAUUUAGUUUAGUAAAGAUGAGGGAAUAAAUUCUCAAUAAAACGCCAGAAUGCAAAAGGCACUUAAAGCUGAAGGUCAUGCAGCAAAAAAUGCUACUAGCAAAUAUAAACUUUCAGAAUAUCAAUAAGCCAUACCGGAUCAGUCCUCAUGAAGUGUUAGAGUUGUGAUUGAAAAAUACAGUCUAUCAUUUAAAAAAAGAGGAAAAAGGGGGGCUUAAAGACAAGGGGGGAGGGGGCGUAAUAACUUUCUUCCCCAGCAAAGGGCGACUUAUCAGAGAGGUACGGAAUUUAACACCCUAAGCGCCACUCACCUAUCAGAAAUUUAAGGGACUACACUCCCGGGCUUGAAUGACUGAUUGAGAGUCCUUUAGUGUUUUUUUCUACGAUAAGCUUAGCUUACAGCACUCGCUUUGUUGGCUGUAGAUUGUUCGUGAGAGUGAUAAAGAUUCAGUACUAGUUAUUGGAGCUGGUGUGACACUGAUUGAAGCAAUUGAAGCUGCUAAAGAACUUGAAAAGGAGGACAUCAACAUUCGGGUCAUGGAUCUCUUCACCAUGAAGCCAAUUGACAAGGAAGCCAUUAUAAAGCAUGCCAAGGAUUGUGGUGGGAAAAUACUCACUGUAGAGGAUCAUUAUCCUGAAGGUAUGUUAGGUAUAUAGCCCUUUAAGCCCUAAGAGUUAUCAACAUCAAAUUUCCCCUUGUAAUAUCAAUGCUUUGUAAAACAGAGUGGUCAUGAGAAUUACGGACAUGAUCACACAAGAUGAAUUUACUUUAUAUUUUAUCGACUUCUCCCCACUUCUUCUGUGCGAAAUGAAUAGGGGCAACAAAUGAGAAUUCAAAGUUUGAUCGUAGGGUUUAAAGGGUUAAAGGGGCUUUGUCACGAGGAUACUACUGUUUUUGGUCAGUUCUGUGCUGAAGUCAGUACCAGAUAAAGACCUAGAGAUCAAGACCCUUAGAUUAGGGGGGGGGGUGGUCUCCAAAAAAAAUUUUCAGUCCUUUGGGCCUCAGUUUGGUCUUAAAAGAAGGGGGGCCCAGGCCUCCCGGGCCCCUCCCCUGGAUCCGCCACUGGAAGUCAUAGGUCAACCACAAGAACUUACUGCUCAGUAGCUUUCAUUUGAAUUGUUUCACCUUACAAGUUUGUCCAGACUCAAAAGAUAGAGUCACCUUGCUCAGCAUAGCAAGCAGUACCACAGGAAAGCAGUGCUCAUUAGCUUUCAUUUAAGUACUCACACUUAUUUUUUUGUCUUUUGCUUAGGUGGUCUUGGUGAGGCUGUUAUUGCUGUUGUGGCGAAGGAGAAGGGGGUGAUUGUGGAGACAUUAGCGGUGAGAGAGAUCCCACGUAGUGGCCCUGGCGAUGUUUUGUUGGAUCAGUAUGGAAUUGGUGCCAGAACCAUUGUCAAGACCGUCAAGAGCAUGUGAAGGACAUAGUCAUUGGAUAACCAUACGUACACACUGUGCUGGUAUUAAAGUUCAGUAACAAGCAAGAUAAGACAUUUCUUCCUCUUGUCACUUAGCAUAUUAUAGAAAUUUUGGGCUUAGAUUAGAAAAAUGAAAAUAAUUGUCAUGCAUUAACCCAGGUAAAGAGCAUGAACAUUAUGUUUUAGGAGGUAUAAGUGUGCAUGGAGAUUAUCCUAAAACAGGUGUGAACCUUUUAACUUUGGACCGUUGUAAUAAAAAAUGUCAACAAUAGUAAGAAAUGCAAGGAAAAUAAAAUGCGUGUCGAAUUAAGCAAUGAGAUCACGUCAUAAUCUUUGCUUCCUACACCUCGUCUAGCAAAAUA